CCGGGAUUACGGAUGUUAAAAGGUACAGCACUUUCCGGCUUUUAUUUACACGGACUCAGUUCCAAAAAGAAUUUCCCAGCUAACUAAUUUUGGCCACGGAUGCAAUGGCUCACGGUGCCAGUCAUGGCAAGCUGCUCCUGCAGCGCCUACAUCAGCAGCGGGAAAUGGACUUCCUGUGUGAUGUCACCAUCAUGGUCAGAGACGUGGAGUUCCGCGCACAUCGUAACAUACUGGCUGCGUUCAGUAAGUACUUUGCCUCCCAAGCUGAGAAGGACCAGGACGUCACCACUUUGGACCCCGACAAAGUCAGUCGCUACGCCUUGGAGAAGCUGCUGGAGUUUGUCUACACGGGACAGAUGAACCUCAGCAGCACCAGACAAGCCGCUGUCCGCCGAGCCGCCAUCUUCUUGGGCAUGUCUGACGCCACAAAGUAUCUGGAAGGAAUUUCUCAUUUGUCUGAGGCCAGCGAGGCGUCCCAGUCCGAGCUGGACAAAGAGGCGGGCCUGUCUUCGCUCAGUCCAGGCUCACCGGGCAGUACUCGCUCCCCCGCCCCUCUGUCGAUCGUCUCUGUGUCAGGUGCGUGUUUGGAUGAGAGCCAAGCAGGCCAGGAAGACGAGGAAACCCAGAAAGGCCAGGUGGGCGAGGAAGGCCAGGUCAGCGAGGAAGGCCAGGUCAGCGAGGAAGGCCAGGUCAGCGAGGAAGGCCAGGUCAGCGAGGAAGGUCAGUUCGGUGAGGAAGGCCAGCAAGAUCUGGAAGGCCAGAAAAAUCAGGAAAGCCAAGCCGCCGGCUUGGAAGAGGAAGGAGGAAUUGCCAGCCACGAACUGGCGGAGCCUAGCGAUGCUGUCGCCAACACCACCAAACUGGCAGCCCCAAGGGGGAGGGGACGUGGCCGAGGCAGGGGUCGCGGCAGGGGCAGAGGCCGAGGAAGAGGAGGAUUAAGCCUGGUCAAGACCGAAGAAGACUUCCUUGAUGAUUCCGACACCAGCAUCAAGGAUUUCGGGGACACGUCGGCCGACUGGAGCCCCUCGCUAGACGAGCCACUUCCCAAGAGGACCCGCAUAGGGGAGCCCCGGCGCGGACGUGGCCGGGGACGCGGACGUGGCCGAGGGAGGGGCCGAGGGAGAAGUAAAGCGGAGGGCGAGGAGGACGACGACGAUAGCGGCGACGAAGGGACGGAGGACGCAGAGCAGGACGCCUCCAACGCCUCGCAAGAGACCACGCGGACCUGCAUUGAGUGCAACAGGACCUUCAAGGACUUGUGCAGCCUGCGGAGGCACGAGCAGAUCCACGCCGGCCUCAAGCCCUUCAUCUGCAUCUUCUGCUCCAAAACGUUCCGACAAGCUACGCAGCUCAAAACUCACCUGCGUACGCACACAGGCGAGAAGCCCUUCAGCUGCAAUGACUGCGAAAAGUGUUUUGCUCAGAAGUGUCAGCUGGUGGCUCACCGCCGCAUGCACCACGGCGAGGAGAAGCCCUACACUUGCGAGCGCUGCGGCUUCAAGUUCGCCACCUCGUCUAACUACAAGAUCCACGUCAGACUGCACAGCGGCGAAAAACCGUACGUAUGCGACGUGUGCGGCCAGGCCUUCGCCCAGUCCAGCACGCUGACCUACCACAAGCGGCGACACACGGGCGAGAAGCCCUAUCAGUGCGACCUGUGCGGCAUGUCCUUCUCCGUCUCGUCCUCGCUCAUUGCACACGCGCGCAAGCACACGGGCGAGACGCCCUACAAGUGCUCCCAGCCGCAGUGCGACAGCAGCUUCGUCACCUCGUCCGAACUGAAGAAACACAUGCGGCGGCUCCACCCGGACGGCACCAACGGCGUGCAGUGCCUACUGUGUGGGAAUCGCUUCGCUAGCGUCAAGAACAUGAUCAAGCACCAGGAGAAGGCGCACGCCGAUGAGGUGCGACAACACAAAGAGAGGGCGCGCGCAGUCGUCCUGCUGGCGUCCAGCCACCCGAUCGCCUUCGUGCAGAGCAAACUGAGCAAGGACGGCAAAAGUCUGAGCUCUAUCCCCGAAGCCGAGCCGAGCGAGCCGGAACCGGCCACGCCUCAGGCCGGCGGCGUGUCGGACACCGCCGCCCUGAGCGAGACGCUACAAGAUCUGAAAGCGGAGCCCAGCCACAUGCCCAUCUCCCAAGCCGAGGCGACGACCUUCGAGACCGAUCCCGUGUCCACCAUCAACUCGGAAACGCUGCACGCGCUGGUGGAGCAGCUGAGGCCGCCUCCCUCGCCGGCGCAGAACCUGGAGCAGAUAGUCAUCAUCCGCACGGUGGACAACAUGGAGAACAAUGCGCCGACGCAGUGAGUUUUGCAUAGUGAUGUACACGUUCCUUCGAUAUCCUUACUAGCCAAUUUGAGGGUCCAUGUACACGUGCGCGCAUUGACUUCAUGUACAUGUACUAGUACACCUCCUCAUCACUACCAAGACAAAUUUCUCGUGCUUGUAAGAACCACGAGGGCAACCGCAUAGAUCAGGGAUGAGAAUUUUCCGCUGAUCCGCAGAUUUCCGU